UGCGGAGGAUGCGCGGACUGCCAGCUGCCCUCGCCACCUUGCCCCUGGAGCUCACCGUCCUCUAUAACUCCCUGGUUUUUGCUAUGGGAGCAUCUGACUGUGCCAUCAAUGGAGAAGCAGAAGAAAUACGACAGGGGCUGCUCAGAGUCCUGGAGGCCUGCGGGGCCGCUGGGCAGGAUCUCAGCACUGAGAAGCUGUGGCAGAAGGUGCUGCAGGAAGUGACUGUUGAAGAGCUGCAGGCGCCUUUGCACCGCCUGGCUGCCCUGCAAGCAGCCUGGUGGCUGGCGACCAACCGCCUGGGAAGCGUCACCGGCCUCUUCCGACUCCUGAGCAGUGCUGAGCACCCAGGGAGGGCUCCCUGCAGCGAAGGGAAGACCCAGCUCCUCUCCCUGCUCAGGGCAUGGAAAGUACCUGCCGAGGAGGCCUCUCUGUCCCUGGUACAGAGCGCCCAAGACUUGAAGGAGGUUCUGUGCACUGCGGCUGCCUUCCUGCAGGGGCUCCAAGAGCUGGAGGCUGGGAACCUUCCUGCUGCCCUCUCCCUCCUCCAAGAGGCUGCAGGUGGAUUCUGCUCCAAGAGGCUCCUGGCUCAGAUCUACACCUGCCUCAGCUGCUGCACUCAGCGAAUGGGCAAGCCGCAGACAGCCCUUCAGCACCUCAAGCGGGCCCUCCAGGUGGACUUCCAGUGCCUUCCCGCCCUGUCCCGCGCCGCAGCGCUGUACCGCGAGCUGGGGGAGGUGGAUGCGGAGCUGCAGGCCCUGGCUCUGCUCUGUGAGGCUCUGGAAAGAAACCCUCCAGCAGCUGCUUCCCCUCCUCCCUGUUGUCUAAUCCAGACAGAGCAGCUUGUCCACACGCCUGCUCUGUCUGCUCUCCUCCGCCACCGACACUUGUCCGAAGUGAAGUACCUGCUGGCACAGAGGUGUCUCGAGGAUGGGAGGAUGGCUGAUGCUGUGGAACAUUACCUGGAUUUUCUGUCGCUGCUUCAGGAUGGGCUGCAGCAGCAGGUCCCCCUGGAUGCAGGAUCAGCUCUGCCCAGGCUACCCGAGGUGCUCCUGGAGGCCGCGUCCGCCCUGCAGCAGGCGGGGAGGCCUCAGGACGCCAUAACCGUGUGUGAGGAGGUCGUGGGCCGGACAGCCAGCCUCAUCCCACAGACACUGCGAGUGGAGGAGAGGCUGGAGCAGCCGGAGUGCCCGUCGCCAGAGCCACAGCUAGCUGCUGGUCCCCUCUCCCAGAAGAGGGAGAGUCUGCGUUGCCUCGUGUGGAGAACAGCUGCCUAUCUGCACCAGGGCUGGGCCUGGGCCCAGCUGGACGAGACCAAGGAGGCCGUGACGCAGUUCAGCAGGUGCCUUAGUGACCUCUUACGAGUCCAGCUUUACCAGCCUGGUGUUGAAACAGCAGGGAGUCUCCUACCAGAAGUGAAGCUGCUCCAGAAGAUCCGGUUGCUGUCCCUCAUUGGGCGAGGUGCCCAGUUCCUGGAGCUGGGGAAGCUCAAGGAAGCCCUGCUGGAUUUCCAGUACGGCCUGCAGAUCUCACCAGGUGACCCUGCUGCUGCCUCCUACCUGGUGCAGGCCCUGUGGAAGCUGGACCGAAAGCAGGAGGCUGCUGCACGCUGGCAGAAGCUCUCGGAGAGCCCGGCUGAGGAAGCUGGGCAGCAGGAAGGGCUGGGAAGGCCCUGCCCUUUGUACUUGGUGUCGUGUCUGAAGCAGGCCACCUUCCCACAGAACGAAUCUCUUGCAAGAGACCUACAGGAUUAUCUCCAGUCCACCAACAGCUAACCCAAGCACCACAUACAUGCUGAAGCCUUAAAGGCUUCUCCAAGACUCCGAAUUCCUCUUGGAUCAAGUUCAGUUCCCAAAGGACUGAAACAGAAGAAAGUUGCUUUAAAAGUUGCUAAUAAAAGCCUCAGAUCUAAUUUAUGAGUUUUUCUAUGACCUUUUUCCUGGAGUGAUUCACAACAAAGCACUGCAGCGGAGACAGUGGCCUUGACUCUGCCUGGAGCUGCUGUGAGCCUGUGGGGUGAGCAGGGAGCCCGCGGUCCCAGGGCCUCUGCACGAAACAUUCCCUGCCCUUCUGAAGUCACCACAGGCUCCGCAGCUCUGGCGAUGGAGGCCAGCCCUGCGUUCCCUGCUCCAGGGAGCUGCAGCAGAGAAAUGCAUGGAUGAAGCGGAGAGGUGUCCAAGCAUCGCUCCUGCCUGUGUUUCUACCUUGGCGUUCCACGUCGUUGCUGUCUGCUGGAGCCUGGGAAUGGUUCGGAUGAAGCUCAGAGCACUGAGGUCCUGCGCUGCCAACCGUAAGCGAUGGGAGGCAGUGGGCUCGGGAUCUGUUCUGGAGCAGCCGUGUCCACUGCACAGACCUCCCUGAGCCCUCCACUGGCAGCAGGCUGUGGUGAAGAGGCUCCUGCUCCCGGCCAGCGGCUGCUGCAGCCCCUCUGGAGACAGGAGCGUCCCUCACCUCCCGUCACCCAAGGCUUUGGCAGGCUGCGCCUCCCGCAAGAAGGAAGGAGUGACUGAGAACUGCGCCGUAGGAACAGCGGCGGGAGAAGAGUGAACUAGGAACAACUUGGAAAAAGAGUGGGAGAGGUCCUGGAGCGUGGCGUGGCCUGGGCGCCGCGCGCGUCACCCGCAUGCGUGGCACAAGUUGGACUGCGCUGGGUUCGUGGCGGGGCCCCUCUCAUAGUUGUUCUUCUUUGGUCCUGCUCUACGUCCUUCCU